UGGAACACUACUCGAUCUAUUCUCAAUCCCGAUCUGGUUCCCAAUUUCAAAUCAGUGUAAAAACAUACAUGAAUAAAUAGAUGACUGACCCAACCACAACGUACAAUAAUUAAGAAAAUACAAUUAUGUUCAAAACUGGGGAUUAACGUAGAAAAUAGUGUACAAAUUAUUAUAAUUAAAUUACAAUAGCUUUGGUACAAAAAAAGGGUAUAGCAAUGAAUCAUACACCAAACAAAAGCUUAUAAUCUAUAAUAAUUUUAUAUUUCCGAAAAAUAAUAAUUACAGAAUUCACGCCAGUUUACAGGCAUGAUCAAUUUGAUAUAAAUAGUAACGUUAGACGUGCAGAACAAACAUGUGAUAAAAGAAAGUUUUAAGUAUACUAGUUCAGUAGUUGUUUAAGUAGUACAUAUCCAAUGCAUCAGCCGGGAAUUUUUAAUAUUUCUUAAAUGGACAGCCUGUUGAUUUAUGAACGGUGUAAUUAAGGUCAUUUCGUGUGCCAGAUCGAAUUAAUGAUAAUUAUCUACAACUAGAGAAAUUAAAACGAAAACAGAGAGCACGGAACAGAUUAGAGACAAAAAUAAAUAUUACUAAUUUACAAGCUUUAAAUUAACUGAAAUAACUUUCCGAAAAAUAACUUUCGUAGUUUGGCAAAGCUUCUGUUCACAUUAUGUUUAUUUAAUAAAGAAACUUAUCACACACACAUACACACACACCCCAUUAAAUUAUUCUCUCAUCAUAUGACUGAUAUAGUCAGUAUAAUCAAUAUUAAUAUAUCAUCAUUUUAUAUACGUCAUUUAUUGAUUUGUAAAGAAUAGAGGAAACUUUUAAGAAAAAGAAAGAGAAAAGAAAAAAGUUUGUUUCCAUUUGUUUUUUUUCUUUUUUUUCUUUCUUUUUUUUGUAAAUUGAUUUCCUAAUAAAUAAUAUUGAAUUAGUGAAGAGUUGUUGUUGUUGUUGUUUUGUUUUUCUUUCUUUCUCUUAAACAAUUGCACUCAAUCUCUCUUAUAUACAUAUCAAUAAACUAUGUUAACAUAGAAUAUUAAGAAUAGAACAAAUGAUAAAUGAUUUAUAUGGCGUAUAUAUUGGUUUAAUGCCUCAUUGUACCCAUGUUUAUAUGUUUAAAUAAAUAAACAAAUAACAAUCAUUAAAUGAAUAAUAAGUUUACAUUGAUUCUAUUCACUGAUUUUAAAGGGAUUAUUUCUCUCUCUGUGUGUGUGUGUGUGUGUCAGAGAGAGAGAGAGAGCGAGAUAGAUAGAGAAAAGAAAACAAAAUAAUAAUAAAAAAAAACGCAAAACAAGAACAAAAACCACAAUCCUGACAAAUAAAUAUUAUGUUUAUUAUUAUUUAUAUUCGUCUAUUCUAUUUAUUCAUGAAUGGAUUAUUCGUAUCAAAUUAUCCAGUUAAUUAUGUACCAUCAACAAUGUGGAAACCUGGUUAUAUUCCAACUAAUUUACCAAAAUAUAAUAGUCAAGAAGCAAGAAAUCCAUUGAAUAAUAAAGAAUAUUCAUUAUCCUAUGAAUUAAAAGAUAAAAGUUUAAAGAAAUAUGGUUUAGAUAUGGAUGAUGAAUAUACUAUACCGGAAUUGCCUAAUUUAGCUGUGAAAUAUUAUAAUAAUUAUGAUAAUGAUGAUGAUGAUUCCUAUAAUCAUGAAAAUAAUGAUGAUGUUAUCAUACAUUUCGAUAGUGAAAAUAAUAAUAAGAAGAAAGAUAAUAAUAAUAAUAAUAAUAAUAAUCUUAUUCAUUAUUAUUACUUUCAUCAAUAUAAUAAAAAUAGAAAACAAAGGGAUAAUUCAGUUCAGUCUCAAUAUAAAUCGUCUUCCAAAUCUAGACUUCUCUAUGGGACAAGUAUAAUUCCAACAGUUUCUGUACCAGUUUCAGUUCCAGUAUAUGCACAAAUCCCAGUUUCAGUGCCUGUAGCACAACCGAUUGUAAGUCAUUCUUAUGGUGUCAGUGGACAUACAUAUAUACAACCUCAACAUUCAUUUGGAUUUCCACAUGGUGGUCAUUAUGCUGUGGGACCUAGUAUGAUACCUCAUCAACCAAUAAUACCACAACAACCAAUAAUACCACAACAACCAAUAAUACCACAACAACCAAUAAUACCACAACAACCAAUAAUACCACAACAACCAGUGAUACCACAACAACCAGUGAUACCACAACAACCAGUGAUACCACAGCAACCAGUAGUACCACAACAACCACCUCCAAUUGCCCCAUUAUUACCACCUACAAUACCUCAGCAGCAACCACCUGCAGCAACUCCACAACAACCACCUGAAGUAACCCCACAACAACCACCUUCAGUAAGUCCACAACAGCCACCUGCAGUAAGUCCACAACAACCACCUCCAGUAACUCCGCAAAAGUCACCUGAAAUACCAACAUUUCCGUUCCCUAGUUCAUCGGCUGAACAAACUCAAACACAGAGUCAAAUAAAUGUAAAACCCCAAGUACCACCACUUCAAAUUCAACAACUACAGUUAACUCAACAACAACAACAACAACAACAAGCGUUACCAAUUCUACACCAAAAACCACAAGUUACAGUGAAACACUUUAUAACGCCACAAAACAUAAAAGUAUUCAUUCAAAGUCCAAAAAUUAGACCCAGGUUUAUCAAACGAUAUUAUUAUUAUUAAAUUUUAAAUAUUAAUAGUCAUGAUAAUAAUAAUUAUUAUUA